AUGGAACAAUACGCAGAAAUGAAGAAGAGAUGCCACGAAGCAGGUCUAGACUUUAUCGGGACAUUCACAGUUGGCAUGCGAGAGAUGCAUCACACCGUCUGCAUCGUGUUCAACAAAGAGGACGCCGUGGAAAAGAAGAAGGCACACUGGCUUAUCAAAACACUGAUUGGUGAUUGUGCAGCUAAGGGCCGGGAAGAACAUCCUACGCAUCUCGCUGUUAUGGACCAAAUUAUGGGUACGUAUAACUGGAAUGAUGGUGCUUUCUUGAAGUUCAAUGAGCUUCUCAAGAAUGCUGUUGAUCCUAAUGGGAUGGUGGCGCCUGGAACAUAA